AUGACUUCGUCGAGCGACGGCCGCAAUGGCCCCGAACAAGCACAGCAGCAGCAGCGGCAACAACAGCAACAACACCGCCAGCAGGCGCACCUCGACGACCAUGACGAUGCCGCCGGCGCCGCCGCCAAACAGGCUUCCCCUGCCGCGGCCCCAGCCUCUGCCUCUGCCUCUGCUACUGUCCCUGCCGAAACCUCUGCCUCAGGCUCCGCGCUCGAACCCGCCAUCGCGACCAACUCGUCUGCCCCUGCCGCCUCCACAGCCGCCGCCGCUUCUGCACCGCAAGAGCCUGCUCCCAAUGCCGCGCCGCCUGCCCAGCCAUCGACGCCGCCGCCGUCGACCCAUCUCUCUCUCAGCACUAACAACGCCGCGGCCGACGUGCCUAUGACUGACGCUCCCGCUAUGCUGCCCGCUUAUUCGACCGCCCCCGAGCCUGAUCAGCUUACCCCCUCGACGCCCUUUGCCACCAACCCCAUGACAAACCUCGACCAGCAUGCCUACAUGAUGAUGGCCCUCGCCUCUAUGUCGGCUGCUCCCUCCGCCAUGUCUCCGCCGCCGACCGUCACCCCCUCUCAGGUCACCCUGCCUAACCUGGCAGAUGGCAGCCUCAACGGCCUCGGCGUGGCAACCUCCCUCCGCCAGGCCGCCGCCGGCAAGGGCCUGGAGUCCUUUGCGCGCAUAGAGUUCGCCGAUAGUGUCUUCCAGAUGACCACCUACGCCGUCAUCAUUGGCCGCGAUCAGCGCGCCCUCCAGCAGGCACGCCGCGACGAGAAACGUGCCGACGAACACCAGCGCCGCGUCGAAGAGAAUGCGAGCAAGGGCCUGCCGCCUCCCUCCCCAAUACAAAACGACCGCAGCAAAUUUAGCAAAUCCUACGUCAGCGAGGAGGGCGGCAUGCUGGGCCCCGAGUCCGAUGGUGAAGAAAACGGGCGUCCGGCAAAGCGGCGCAAGACGAGCACGACAGGGUCCUCGCAAAAAGACAACGACGAGUCGCAGGAGAACAUGAUUUCCAACCGCCAGUACGUCUCGCAUACCCCGGGCGCUGCCGCCGUUGACCUCACCUCUCUGCGCCCAUCGCCAUAUCACAUUCCCUUCAUUGGUAUACAUUCUCCGGGCCCAAGGAUGGCAAGCAAAACCAAGGCCAUCUCCCGAGAACACCUCCGAAUCACAUACAACCAGCAGGAUGGCGUUUUUGAGGCCAUCCCCUUGCACAAGAACGGCUUCUUCUGUGAAGAUGUUCACUACAAGAGCGACAAGGUUGUCUUGAAAUGCGGCGAUCGUCUGCAAAUCAAGGACAUUGAUUUCCGUUUCAUCAUCAACGGCGUGGAGAGAGGGCGCACCGGCGCCGAGGAAUUCCUCGAGGAGGAGGCUACCAAGAAGCGGCAAUCUCACGGCGGCAAAGAAAUGAGCUUCGACUUCGAGCAGUCGCAUGGCGCUGGCGAAAUUCAAGAUACCAGCGACGAGCUGUCAGAUCUCGAGGUCAGUCCACCAGAGCUUUCUGACUUUGGAGACGACGUCGAUGGCGGCGACGCCGAGGAAGCCGAGCCGGACGCCGAGGAGGAAGCGGAAGGAGACAUACCCAAAAAGAGGGGCCCAGGCCGACCACCAAAGAACGGUAUCAUGUCGAAGCGAGAACAGCGCUUGCUCAAGAAGCAGCAGCAAGAGAUGGCCAAGAAGACAGUUCCGCAGGCGCCCCCCGUGGAACCUCCGGUCAAGCGAAAGGUGGGCCGCCCCAGGAAGCAUCCGCUGCCCGAGAACGCGGAAGAUCGGCCGGAGAAGCGCAAGUACAAGCCGCGGAAACCCAAGAACGAGGACGGGGCAGAGGGCUCAGACGCUGAACGGCGAGCUCGGGAGAAGAAGGAGAAGAAGACUCGCCCCAAGUCGCCUCCCCUGGAGCUCAAGAUCGACGACUAUUCCGAGGAGCAGCUACAGAAGCCCAACAAGAAUUACGGCGUGCUCAUCGACGAGACCCUGACGGCUGCGGGGCCGGACGGCUUGACGCUCAAGCAGAUUUACAAGAGGAUAUGCCAACGUUAUCCCUGGUUCUAUUUCCACACCGAGACAAAGGGAUGGGAGAGCAGCGUUCGGCACAACCUCAUCGGCAACGAGGCCUUCAAAAAGGACGAGACAACAAACCUAUGGUCUCGCGUUCCCGGCGUCGAGCUCGAUGCCGGCAAGAAACGCAAGGCUCCGUCCCCAGACCGCGUGCUGGCGGCGCAGGGUUACGGCCCGUACUCUUACCCAUACAAUGCCGCACAGCACAUGCACCUCCCCGGGACCCCCGGAUAUCUUCCCGGUCACUCGCCGCCGGCAGGCUAUCAACCUCACGGAAGCUCGGCCUCCCCGACUGGGCAGGUUGGCCAGCCAGCAGCUCCCCGGCCGCCAGCUCUUCCACACGUGCCUGUGCCACCGCCGGUGAUCCCACCCUCGGUGGCCGCUCCUGCGCGACCAUCGCCGGCAACAGCCCUGGCCCCUGCCGGGGCAAAGACAACGCCAGGACCGGCACAGGCGUCUCCGCCGACGGCUGCCCCGGCCGCGCGGCCUUCUGCGACUCCGCCAGCGAGCGCGCCGCCCAAGCCGGUAGUUGAUCCCCGCCUCCUCUCCGCCGUGGUGAGCCUCAAGAAUGGCCUCGUCGAAAAUCUCAAGAAAGCGCGGAAUCCAAAGGCCGAGGCCAUUGUCAUGUCAGCGCUGAAUCGCUGCAUCGGCCUCAAAAAGGAGGCGACUGAAAACGACAAGAUGGAGGCCAUCUGCAUCAAGGGGAUCUGCCAGGUCAUCGACGGCUUCACCAAAAACAAGAGCCCCACGCCGGGAGGGUUUACGGCAUCGGACGCGGCGCCGCUCAUCUUUGAGCCUAGGGUGCUUGUUUCGCUCAACGGCUUCAAGGACGUGUCCAUCAGGGCCCUCAAGGCGCGGCUGGGCGAGGCCAAGGCCGAGGCGGUGGCGCUCUCGGCCGUGGACCGCGUCCUCGGCUUGGCGAACGCGAGCAUUGUGCCCCCGCCCGGAGAGGGCGAGCAGGGCGGCAACUUUGAGGGCGUCGAGCAGCACCUCAUCAAGUCGAUUCGCCAACUCCUGGUGGGGAUGAACCAGAAGCUUCAAGACCCCAAGCCGUGA